CCUAGUUUUGCUCGUCGAGCUCGUCUUGGAUCGCGCGGCCGGGAGGGGAGGAAUGCGAGGCAUGGCGUGAGAUCUAGGGCUUAGCUUCCAGGGAAUGCAAGCGGAGGCGUCGGCGCCGAGGACCACAACAGAUGCAAGGCUCCAGGCGGGAUCGACGACGACGACGGCGGGGAGAAUGGCGGGGGUAGGGCAGCGAGUUCUCGCACGGGCCGGCGUGGGCGAUGGCGGCAGCAGCAGCAGCAUCGCCCCCGAGGAGCCCGUGGAGCAGACAAUGCGCGAGGUCGUGCGGCCAUCGCAGAUUGGCACCGCGUCGCAGCUCAUCUCCGGUGGCGUCGCGGGCGCGGUGAGCAAGACGUGCACAGCUCCGCUCGCUCGCCUCACGAUUUUGUUCCAGGUGCAAGGCAUGCGAACGAACCAUGCCUUGGAGCAAGCAAGCAUGCUGCGCGAGGCGUCGCGGAUUUUUAGAGAGGAGGGGUUUAGAGCGUUUUGGAAGGGCAACGGGGUGACGGUCGUGCAUCGCCUCCCCUACUCGGCUAUCAAUUUUUUCUCGUACGAGAACUACAAGCUUUUUCUCACGAGGAUGUCUGGAGCAGAAAACCGUCCGGAGAGCUUGGGCGUUGGGAUGGGGACGAGGCUCUUGGCUGGCGGCGGGGCGGGGUUAACCGCGGCGUCUCUCACGUAUCCCCUGGAUCUUGUGAGGACGCGCUUGGCAGCACAGACAAAAGUAAUGUACUACCGCGGCAUCGUCCAUGCCCUUGUAACUAUAUCACAAGAGGAGGGCUUCAAGGGUCUCUACAAGGGGAUUGGUCCCACGCUACUGUGCGUAGGACCAAACAUCGCCAUCAAUUUCUGCGCGUAUGAAACACUGAAGAGCAUCUGGGUGGCACAGAGUCCCAACUCGCCCAACAUAAUCACGAGCUUGUGUUGCGGGAGCGUCGCCGGGAUUUGCUCGAGCACAGCAACGUUUCCUCUUGAUCUGAUUCGAAGAAGAAUGCAGCUGGAAGGCGCGGCCGGCCAGGCUCGCGUGUACAAGUCGGGCCUGAUGGGGACGCUCAAGCACAUACUCCAUAGCGAGGGGCUGCGGGGCCUGUACAGGGGGAUCAUGCCAGAGUAUUUCAAAGUCAUACCGAGCGUGGGGAUUGUUUUCAUGACGUACGAGUUCAUGAAGAGGGUCCUCCAGCCCAAGCCAUGCGAUUGAUCGAUCAGCUCUUUCGCUCGUUCCAAUCUGGUGAAAGGAAAAAAAGAGCGUUGUCCCCGCUGACUGGUGAAGUCACUGGUCGGUGGAAGAUUUUUGUGCAAUCGUUUCUGAUAUUAUACAGGAUGUAGGUACACUUCUUGAGAGACACAAGGUCCUGUGAAGAAAAGAUGGUGAUGACAAGAAUAUUAUAGAGGACUAGCGAAUGAACCUACCUUUAUUCCCUGUGUCCGGCGAAGAGAGCGACCCUUUUCUCUCUUUUUGCUUCUUUUUGGUUCUUAGUUGCGCUGAACUCUCACCAUCUUUGUGCCGCAAACAGCCUUGGCAUGGUUGUCAAUCUCGAUUAAACGCUGUUGAGUCGGUUUCUUUU